AUGAUAGGAAAUACUUUAUUUUCAGCCAUAGAUGGAAGAAACUCCUCUCCAUUGCCAAAUUUGGACUAUGUUGAUACUCAACAUAUCUACAAUUAUACACCAAAGAUUACACGAAAAAAUCAUGGGACUAGUGGCUUAAUAGUUGAUGAUAUAAGAAGGUCUGACAUAUUUGAUGAUCCUAAUGGCUUUAUCCGCCAUAUGUCUAGCACUUCACUAGGCGCUCCGGAAUUAUCUAAAUUCGAAUCAAACGUUUAUAUAAGCAGAUAUUUGAGCACUUCAGAAUGUAUCUCACUCUUGUCUUCACAUUGCCAACGCAUAAUGCUGAACUAUCACAGCCGUGUUUCUUCACUUUUUGCAAGUAGGAUUAAAGAUGUAACUCUUUCUCAGCUAAAUGAUAUCGGAUUAUUUUCAAGCGACCAUAUGAGAUCAUUGACUAUAAUUUCUAUUUGUGGUCGUUAUCAUAAAUUGAUUAAAUCCAAUAAUGAUGAUUCUUGUGUUGAACCAAAUAUUUUCCCGUAUGCAAUAAAGCUUUUGCGCCUAAUAUAUGCAUCAGUUGCAAACACCUGUAGUAAACCUGGGACCGGGAAUAUUGAAGAAUGCCAGUUUUUCUACCAAUUUUUGAAAAGAGGUACUACAUCUAUGAAUAUCAAUGGUAAUUUUGAAGGACAAACUCCACAACGUAUAACCCUUUUAUACUCAAUCGCCUUGCAUCUAAUAGAUAUUGCAUUAUACAAUAGUAACGAAACGACUAUUGAUGAUUAUAAUAUAAGUGACAUAAUUUCAUACACAAUUUGCUCUUUUGUAGAAGGCUUACUAAAGAAUGGUGAUGACGUGCUUGGAGAUGGUGAAGGGCUAUUUAGAAAAACGAGAUUCGUUCCGGAAAUUGGUACUCUGUCUGAUCUGUUCUCAAAGCACUUUAGUGUAUUAAAUGGAUUUUUGUCACAUGGGUGUACUAUGACGAACAAGUCUCUUUUGAUAAAGUGCAUAAAUGUGGUCAUUCAUAAUCUGGAGGGCACAAGGAAAAGGCAUCCUAUUCUGAUUUGGGCAUAUAUUAUUCUUAUGCGUUUAUGCCCGAAUGAAAUAUCGGACAAUUCCUUUAAAAUCCCAAAGCAUUUGUUUGACAUAAUUGUCCACACGAAAAAUGUCUUGCAACUUAAAUCUGUUACUGAUGCUCUCGAAUUUUGCCUCCAAAACAGCAAGUUUUCGCAACAUGUUAGAGACAAUAUGAAUCCAAACAGUGUUAUUUCCAUAUUUGUCAUACAUGUAAGCGGAUUGAUAAAGCAUAAAAUGGCGGAUGCUGUUGUUAUUAUUUUAAGUCUCUUCAAUACGAUAUUAGACAAUUUUAGCAAAAUUUUGAGCAAAAUUUCUAACAUACUAUCUGGAGCGAACAAUUCUGACAUAGUAUUAGCCUCUGUAGAGAUAUUUUUUAAUACAUGUUUAUUUGGGAAAGGAAUAUUGCAGUCUACCUUAUGUAUAACGUUCUAUAAGCUGCUCUCCUCUGGUGAUAUCACAAAAUGUUUGGCUUCUAACGCUAGAAUUAUGAGACUUCAGGCGCUUUUAUCCGCUCUGGGUUUACUUGAUAAAGGAGGUAUAGAUUUAUCAAUGGAUAGGGAUAUACCAGUGUAUGAAACUGCCGGAAGAUUGGCUCUGUUAUAUGCAUUUGUGAAAGCUGGUGCCUUGCCAGAUAUACUAAAGAUACUAAGUAGGAAAUUUAAAGCUCAAAAUAUCUUGAUAGAGCUACGGAAUUCUGUAAUCGGAUAUACACAGAAUACUGAAUCACUUCUGGAGGUGUUUUGUACCGGAGAGCUUCCUAAUCGUCUACUGGCACAUGAUGUCUUGUCUGCCUCUGCUGGGAAAAAUUUAGAUAUACUACCUCGACCAGGAGCCAGUGAUCCCUUUAUUUUCUUCUGUUCUUCCUUUGCAACAGCACUUACAAAAUAUCCUGCAUUAUCUCAUAUCUUAUCGCAAUACUCUUGUCAUUAUACGGAAAUGUGCACCCCUAGUGAGUUUUUGCGCAGUGCAUUACAAUCAGAGAAUCCAUACUUCAAUCAAAAGGCGGCUUUGCUACUUUUCAUACAUUUUAUACUUUCAUCAUUGUAUGAGGUUUGUGAUGUCUCGAAACAAAAUGUGAUGAAUUCGCUAUUGCACAAUACUGUAGCAAACAAAUAUCGCAAGGAGGUUGAAAAACGACAAAAAUAUAAAGAAGAAUAUGAAGAGAGUAUGAAAAGGAUUAAAAAAGAGCAUGCAGAGAAAUAUGAACUCUACAAGGUCGAAAUCGGGAAGUUACAGGACGCAUUCAAUGCCAAACAGGCAAAGGUACAAAAUUUGGAGAGUAAAAUAUCUUUAUUAACUAGCAAGUGUGGAAAUAUGGAAAGAGAAUACUCUAGAGUCUCUGCUGAAAAGGAACAGAUAAUUGAACAUCUUAGACAAACAAAGGAACAAAAUAUAUCCCAAGAAACUGAGAUCAAUAAAAUGAAGGAAGUUGUAAAUGACUACAAUAUUGUCUCUGCAAAACUCAAAAAGUAUCAAUCUGAUAUUGAAAAGGCAACUCGUGAAUUAAAUAAACAAAAUUUUGAGUUGGAGAAUCUUUAUCGCAUGUUGAUAUAUUUAGCCCACCAAUACAACAAUACCGUUUCCCUUCUGGAGAAAGAAAAGGAAGUUAGUAACAAGUACAAAGUCCAAAACACACAGUACAAAACAAAGAUGGAAGAACAAGACAAUCUUGUAAGAGUCAAAGAUCAUAAACUGAAUGAACUUAUGACCCGCAAGAAUACUCUUGAGACUGAAAUAACACGUUUAAGUGAUGAAGUUACAAGGAAGGAUAGUUUACUGCAUGAUUCUAAUAAAAGAGUUCAAGAGUUACAAGAAAAUGUAAAUCAACUCAAUUAUACUUUGCAUAAGCGUGAAGAUUAUUGUCAGCAGAUUAAACAACAACUUGAAGAAAAGGAGCGGGAACUAACCGAAAGAAGGAGGCAAUUAAACACAAUCGCAUCGGCGUGUAAUUCGCACGUAUACUAA